AUGAUGCCAUGUAACAAAGUCAAUCAAUAAUGUCAAAUUUCUCGUACCGAACUGACGUAUAUCCAUGGUGGAAGUAUAUAUAUUUCUAUAUUUUUUCAUCAUGCAUAUACUAUAAUGUAUAUUUAUUGUACGACACAACAUGCGUGUAAUGAAUAACGUGUAAAUUAUCCGCAACUGUAAGUUCUUUGUUUGUCAGAAUACCUGAAAUUCAAUUUUACAAUGCCGGUGAGCAAGGAACAAUAUCGUGUCGAACAAGAAGCAUUUGUUUCCAAUCAUGGGGGCACGACACCUCAUGAUGUGUUUUUCUCGCUUCUGCCAACCAUAUGCAGCAUCGUCAUGACAACAUCAACCAUGGAAGUUCUUAAAAAGUAUAUACACAUCCAUGAAAAUAUCAAAGUCGUCAUACAGUUCGUGUUAAUCAUUAUUCCUACUAUCUUGUGUUAUACCAUACUGUCGGAAUACAUUAUUAGCGCAUGCUUGAUAUUAACGUUAAUAUGUACAUUAAACUUAUCACUGAUGAUAGAAAGGAAAAUUAAUUACUCGGAUUUAAAUACGGAAUUGGUUAAGGAUAAGAUAUCCUGCAUAACUAAUUUUCGAGCACUGACCAACAUUAUUACUGCUGUUUGUAUAUUAGCCGUUGAUUUUCGUAUUUUUCCACGGAAAUUCGCCAAAACAGAAACGUACGGACACAGCCUAAUGGAUACAGGUGUUGGAAUGUUUAUAUUGGCGAAUGCGUUGGUUGCGCCAGAGACUCGAGACUUCUCUACUUCCCGUCAAAUAUGCUUUUUAAGCACUCUAAUAAGAAAUAUGAAUAAUUCCUUUCGAAGUUGCAUAUCUCUCUUGAUAUUGGGAUUCGGACGAUUUACAGCAGUCGAAUACCUAGGAUAUCAGAAACAUGUCACUGAAUAUGGAGUUCAUUGGAACUUUUUUCUAACUUUAGCUAUCGUCAAAUUAUUAACUAGCAUGAUUACCAGCGCUAUUAACACAAAGUAUUCAUUAUUCUCUGGUAUAUGGAUAUUAUGCAUGCAUGAAUACACCAUGAGCAUCAAAGAUUUAAAAUCAUGGGUUUUGCGAGACGAGCCGAGAGUUGACUUUUUUUCUGCCAAUCGAGAGGGCCUAAUUUCGAUACCCGGUUACGUAGGAUUGUAUUUUAUCGGUGUAGCUAUCGGGAGACUUAUACAUUCCACAUAUCAAACUUUGUACACAAAUUCGAAUUUAGACUUUAACACAAAACUUUCUUGGUUUAAAUAUACAGAAUUGUAUGAGCCUUUAUGCUUAUUAUAUAUUAAAUUAAUUAAGAUCUCUGCACUAAGUUUCUUGACGAUAGUAUACUGUGAUUUUAAGGUUUCAAGAAAAUUAGCGAACUUCGGGUAUUGUAUGUGGAUAGUAUCUUUAACAACUGCACUACUUAGUAUCUUGGUGUUUAUAGAGUUUAUGUUAGGGCUAACGAAUAUAUUUCAUAUAUCGUACAGCAACGACAUUAAAAUUGAAUUCAAAUUGAAUGUGAAUACAAAUUUACGGAUGAAUUUAAAGAAACACGUAAAGAGUGAGAAAUUAGAGAAUAUUAGAGUUAUAUUCGGGAAACCUUUAGAGAUUUUUGAUGCUGUAAAUUACAACGGUCUAUUUUUUUUUCUUGUCAGUAACAUUAUGACUGGUAUUGUAAAUAUGUCAAUGUACACAUUAUAUGCUAAACAAUCAGUAGCUCUAUCAAUAUUAAUUAUAUACAUGGCUGUGAAUGUAAUUUCAGUAUUAAUACUUUACAGGCUCAAAAUACGGAUCAAACUGUAA